AACGCGCAUGGCAUGUAAGUACUAUGUAUUGGGACUACGUUGGAAAUACAUCAAAACAUAUCUCUUCCCUUCUCUAUUCCUUCCCUCACCGCUCUUUGUAAAGUCAUGAAGUCUGAACAUGGCUCUACAGAAAUCCCCCCACCCUCGAUGUCACGUUCUGCAUCCAAGUCGAUAGAAAGAGUUAAUACCUUUAGGUUCCGGCCCACGGAAGACAGUGAUAGCGGAGAUGAAGUAUCGCGCGCUCAAAGUAAUCGGAAAUCUUCCUACACAACAAAAUCCUCCGGCGCUUGUGUACACUGCAAAUCACUCAAAGUCAGAUGUGAAUUUGGUUCGGGCGAGAAUGCUUGCCGGCGCUGUCAAGCAGGUAACAUACUUUGUCAAUCCCGUUCACGGAAGAAGCGCAAAGCUGCUCCAACACAUGAAGAUCUACAAGAGAGAGCGCACUCGCAAGACUGUCAGAUCCAGUCAUUGCUAUUACAGCUUGAUCAAAUGAGAAUGGAGAAGAAGAUUCAAGCGUUGAUCGCUCACGCUUACCCUAAAUCUUCUUCUAGAGGAUCUGAUGAUGCAUCGAAAUAUAUACAAUUGAAACGGGGAGUAGAAAACUCUCCUGAGCUAGUUGUUGCCUCUUAUUUUUCUCCAGACCGCUCGAUAUCAGUUCUAUCUCCCCCUGACAUCGUCAGAUACUGCUGCUUAUAUCCAAGAGAUAUAACAGAGUUGUUUACAAUUUUCUUUGAAAAAAUCAACCCAUUUUUUUCGAUUCUGGACCCAGAAUUACACACGCCACAGAAUUUAAUCUGGACAUGUCCUUUUCUUUUCACUGUCAUUUGUGCGACAGCGUCACGAUACUGUGCCUCCAAAGCAGCCUUGUAUUCACUAGCUAAAGAUUUUGCUCGAGAGGCUGCCGGCCAAGCACUCGUUGACGGUGCAAAGAAGAUAGACAUUUGUCAAGCUUACCUUCUGCUCGGUGUGUAUCCAUCACCAAAGAAGAAGUGGGUGGAAGAUAGGAGUUGGCUACUCAUGGGUGUCGCGAUCAGAAUGGCUUUAGAGCUUGAACUAAAUUUGCCGCCACCAUCUGAUUGUGACGAGCGGGAGGCAUUAAACAGGACGAGAACUUGGUUGAAUUGCUAUUGUGUAGAUGGAUCGCAUGCAAUUCAAUUCGGGAAAAUGCCCAUGCUCCGUCUUGAUGACUAUAUGGCCCGCACAUCACAGAACUGGUACCGGUCGUCAUCUAUGAAUACGCCGUACGAUGUCCAUCUUGUUGCUUACGUUCAAAUACUUAUCAUCAUGGCCCAAUGGAGAGCUACUGUGCAGCAAGAAAAUAAUUCUGAAAAGAAUCUUGACGUAGUACAGUUCGCAGUGGAAACGGAGAGACAGCUAUCUAAAGAGUGGUCUCUCUGGUUUGCCCGAUAUGAAGAAGAAUAUGUUCGCAACCCCUUCAUUCUCUGCUACUAUCGUGCCAACACAACGGAAAUGAUAACAGCAUACCUCAGACUCGUUGUUUUAGCUACUGGCUUUCAAGAUGCUUUCAAAUCAGGUAUCUCCCGGGAGUCAGGCGUCCUCAGGAGAUCAAUAGAUGCCGCGAGGACAGUCAUCCAGAUAAUGGUGGAUCGUUUGUAUCCAACAGGCUAUCUUAAGUAUGCCAUGGAAGCAAACUUCUUGUAUGUUUCAUUUUCUGCCGCCUAUUUGCUCAAUCUUCUUCGUCCCAAGCUUUUGCCCCUAAUCGAUGAGAACCUCCAGGAAGAGAUCAUCCUUACCGUGAAACGCUUAAUCCAUGUUUUGGGGUCUGAAGAUGUUGCAUUGGAUGGAAGACACACUCCUGCUCUCUAUUCUAAAUUUCUAGUCAAUCUCUUGAGCAAGUACAAUGCCCGCUCGAACAGAAGAUCAGAAACACCCCCGGAUGGCAUCCGUUUUCAUCCGCAAUUCAAUGAUGAACGUCAUACUUCGCCACCAGGUUGGCCAGACAUACAACAAGUUGGAGGUCUUACAGAAACUGGCGCUGGCCACACCCUAUCUGAGUACGAGCCUGGCAUUGUCUACCAGCAGGCUGGUGAUGCGGAUAUGGACUUCAGCCUUGGACAUUUUGUUCGCAUCGUGUCUGAACUCCCGGUCAAUCAAUACAACUUGAACGCAGAUCCCAAUGUAUGGAAUGAACAGUGGCCUGGUGUUAGUGGUUGGUCGCCACAAUUCAAUUGCUAAUUACAUCGAGUCCUCUAUACCGUAGGAUGGUAUCAGUUAGGAUCUGAGUAGAAUUGCCAUGGCGCAACGAGCAUUGUAUAAAUUUGGUUUUGAAUCCACCAGGGGUGAAUGCACAGGCGUAAGCUUCCACAUCAGGACUGCAUUAUAUCAGGCUGUCAAUUUUUUCGCGCCUGUUUCAAUUUUGGGACGAUACUGACGCGGCUCAUGUAUGUAAUUUCAACCCCCAAUGAAAUCUCAGAAAUAGUGUAGGCAAAUUUGAAAAAUGCAAUAUAAUUGACACACAAAA